AUGUUGAUUAUCUACAUUAUUAUCCCACUAAUUUUAAUACGUUCAUGUCAGUCAGGAUCAUCAUCAAAACAAUCUAAUUGCACUGAGGAACAACGAUCAUCUUUUAUGCGGUUUGUUUCAGCAGUAGGAACAUUUAUUAGCUUAUUAUGUUUUCUAGAUGGAAUAUGGAACACUAUAGCCGGGUUCCUUCAUCAAGCGACACAAAUAAGCGGAUAA